UAAACAGUUAUGUUGUCGCGUUGACGGAUCAUAUGUGGAACAGAAUUGCAUACUAUAAAAAGAUUACAACGGAAGUGUGUUGUUAAAUUUUUCUCCGAUGACCACUACGAUAUUAUAAAUGCAACAUCUAUAAGAAAUAUAUAAAAUCACAAUGCUGUCGCGUUACGUGGUAUCGCAAGUGAAACACAAUUCCUACUUUCUGGUGGGGUUAGCGCUGGGACUAUGGGUGGCCCUAGCGAUGGUACCCUUGGAAGAGGAUAUGGAAGCGUGUAUGGCGGAAAGCGUGAGCGCCGAACCGUUUCCUGAUGACUUCGAACCCCACAGAGAGGAGAAGCCGCUUCGGUCCGCGGGCCAGUCGGGUCGCAGCGUGCAGCGCCCGAGAUACUACAGCACGGAGCUGGGCAUACGGGGGCGCUUGCUUGCAGGUGCACUCAGUUCUGAAUCAGCUCUAGAAACUCGCGCAGCUGCUCUGAAUAAGACAGCAUCGCAACUGCAGCCUGCGCUGAGAUUCUUCAUAACUGCAAGUGCUCUACAGGCAGCACCAGGCAAAGCGAAUGUUGUAGGUUUUACUGACACAAGGGAGAUGUUGAAGCCCUUCCAUGCCCUCAAGUACCUCGCUGAUAACUAUCUAGAAGAGUAUGACUUCUUCUUUCUAGUGUCAGAUACUUCAUAUGUAAAUGCCAGGCGGUUGAAUGAGCUUGUAUCGAGAAUCAGUGUCAGUCAAGAUGUUUACAUGGGGACCAUGGCAGAAGAUGAUACACAUUAUUGUACAUUAGAGGGCGGCAUCCUGCUGUCCAACUCGGUGCUGCGCGCCGUGCACGGCGAGCUGGACUGGUGCGUGCGCAACUCGUACUCGGCGCACCACCACGAGAACCUGGGCCGCUGCGUGCUUCACGCCAAGCACCUGCCCUGCACCGAACGAUUGCAGGGCGAGGAGUACGUGUCGGUGCGGCUGGCGGACGGCGCGGGCGGCGCGGGCGGCGCGGGCGGGCUCACACCCGCGCUCGCGGGCGCCGUCACCGCCGCGCCGCUGGCGCUGCCCGAACACUUCUACCAGAUACACGCUUACGUCUCGCGGGUGCAUUUAGAGAACGUGCGCAGCGAGAUCCGGUCGGCGCGCGGCGCGGCGGCGCGCAGCUCGCGCCGGCACCCGCGCGGCUUCCGCAACGCCACGUGGCCGCCCGCGCUGCGCCGCGACGCCGGCCUCGCCAGCCCGCCGCCCACGCGGUUCGACCACCCGCGCUGGACGCGCUUCAACGGCUCACACGCGUUCCUGCCCGACGAGCUGCGCGCCGCCGCGCCGCUCGCCGCCGCGCAGCGCCGGGCCCGCGACAUGAUACUGGAGGAGAGCGUCGCGUGGGCGAAGCACCGCUGGGGCGCCAGCGAGGCGCGCCUCGUGGAGGGCGCCUGGUGCUGGGAGCCGCCCUACGCGCUGCGCUACCGCCUGCUGCUGGCGCUGCGGGGCGUCGGCGAGGGCGCGGGGGCGUCGGCCGGGGGCGCCGCGCGGGGCGCCGGGGCGCUGCGCCAGCUGGAGGCGGUGCGGCCGCUGGGCGCCGCGCGCCUCGCGCCCGCUCGCUACGUCACCGAGACGGGCCGCGUCACGCUGCUGCUGCCCGUGCCGCACGCCGACGCCAGCCUCGCCCUGGGUUUCCUGCGCCGCUACGAGAGCACGUGCGUGCAGCGCGACGCCAACACGGCGCUGGUGGUGGUGCUGGUGCGGCGCGGCGCGGCGGCCGACGGCGCCGACGCGGCCGCGCUGCGCGACGCCGUGCGCGCGCUCGCACUCAAGCACCGCGCCGAGCUGCGCGAGGAGAGCGCGGGGGAGGCGGACGGGAGCAGGGGGGAGGCGGAGGGGAGCUCGGCGGAGGCCCGCUGGGAUGAGGCGGCGCGCGUGGCAAUGUGGCAGGCGGCCGCGCGACUCGCCAAGGACACACUCAUACUGCUGCUGCCGCCCGAUGCUGAGUUCACUGAGGACUUUUUGAACAGAGUCCGCAUGAACACGAUCGCGGGCGAGCAGUGGUUCCUGGCGAGCGGGUUCGCGCGCUUCGCGCACUUCGCGCACCCGCACUUCGUGGAGCCGGACGGCAGCCGGCCCGCGCGCGGCACCGGCCGCUUCGCGCCGCGCGCCGCCGCGCUCGCCGUGCACCGCGCCGACCUCACGCUGGCUCGCGAAAUGUGGUUGUCGGCGGGCGGCGCGGCGGGCGCGGCGCCGGCGGACCUCAUGCGGCCGCCGCCCGCCGCGCCCUGCGCCCCCGCUGCCGGCGCCCCCGGCCGGGGCGCGGGGGGCGCGGCGCCCGAGCGGCUGGCGUGCCUGCAGCGCGAGCGCGACGCCAACUUCUCGCGGCUGAACCUGGGCGCGCGCCACACGCUCGCCAAGCUGCUGCUGCACUCGCAGGCGAUGCUCGCUUAG